GUGAGGGCGGAGAGGAUAGAGAGAGUUUUGGGUUAUUUAUUUAUAUUUAUUUAAUUAGUGUUUAUAUUUUGGACGGUGUUGAUUAGAGGAUCAAAAGAAUGCCGAUCUCGAGGAUAGCGAUCGGAACUCGGGAGGAGGCGACUCACCCGAGUGCGCUCAAGGCCGCGUUGGCCGAGUUCAUCUCAACUCUUAUCUUCGUUUUUGCCGGCCAAGGCUCUGGCAUGGCUUUUGGCAAGCUCACCGGCGGCGCCUCCACAACACCGGCGGGGCUAAUCUCAGCAUCAAUAGCACACGGCUUCGGCCUUUUCGUCGCCGUCUCCGUCGCCGCCAACAUCUCCGGCGGCCACGUCAACCCAGCAGUAACCUUCGGCGCCUUCGUCGGCGGCAACAUAACCCUUCUCCGCGGCAUCCUCUACUGGAUAGCUCAACUCCUCGGCUCCACCGUCGCCUGCCUCCUCCUCCGCAUCUCCACCGGCGAACCCACCGGCUCCUUCGGCCUCUCCGGCAUCUCCGUCUGGAACGCUCUCGUGCUGGAGAUCGUCAUGACGUUUGGCCUUGUCUACACCGUCUACGCCACAGCCAUUGAUUCAAAGAGAGGAACUUUGGGAACUAUAGCACCUAUAGCCAUUGGUUUCAUCGUCGGAGCUAACAUCCUCGCCGGCGGAGCGUUUGACGGAGCUUCGAUGAACCCGGCGGUGAGCUUUGGACCGUCGCUGGUGAGCUGGUCUUGGGAUAAUCAGUGGGUUUAUUGGGUUGGUCCUUUGAUUGGUGGUGGACUUGCUGGUCUUGUUUAUGAGUUGUUUUUCAUUUCUCAUUCUCAUGAGCAAAUUCCUUCCGCUGAAUAUUGAGAGAAAAAGGUGGUGGUUAUGUUAACGUGGAUGUGGAUGUACGUACGUGUGCAUGCAUGCAUGCGUGGAUGGGUGGACGUAGUUUGAGUUUGUUUAAGUGGUUAUGUAUGUUGUUUGGGUUGUGGUGAGAUCUUUGGUAUUCUAUGUAUGGUUUGAGGUUUGAUUUUGAAUCAUUUAAUGUUUUAAUGUUUGAUGUUCUCUUCUUUGC